GAGAGAGAGAGAGAUAGAGGGAGGAAUCCAGCAGCGACCUCCUACCAAACAACCUCUGAAGCGAACCCAUAAAAUGAAUUCAGACUCCAGCCUGAGCAGCAGAGCAUCUUCGCCGGACAUGGAUGUCAUGUCUCUUCGAGACCACCACCCACAUCACCAACAUCACCUCCACGUCGGAUCCUCCGUGUCCUCAUCUACGCAGAGCAGUGAGCUGAGACAGAAGCUGAGCGCCAGUGAUCUCCUGAGAUCUGAAGACCCCAAGUCAGUAGACAGCAGCAGCAGCAGCAGCAGCAGUAGCGGAAGCAACAAGUUUAAACUCAAGAAACAAGUUACCGAGGAGGAAAUGUACCACCUCCGUCUCAAGAUUAACGGCCGGGAGCGAAAGCGCAUGCACGACCUCAACCUGGCCAUGGACGGCCUGCGCGAGGUGAUGCCCUACGCGCACGGACCGUCAGUGCGGAAGUUGUCCAAGAUCGCCACGCUGCUUCUCGCCAGGAACUACAUCCUGAUGCUCAACAGCUCCUUGGACGAGAUGAAGCGGCUGGUGGGGGAGAUUUACGGAGGGCACAACUCAGCUUUCCACUGCGGCACCGUGGCGCACCCUGGCCCCAUUGGACAUCCCGGGGGCCCCGUAGCUGCUGCCGCAGCCGCCGCCGCCGCGCACCAGGUGCACCCUCUUCUCGGGGGCGCGUUGUCAUCAUCCACAUCCUCCACGCUGUCGAGCGCGCUGCCGGGUCUCUCGUCUCUCCGAGCACCCCACGCCCUGAUGAAGAGCUCCGCGGUUGCGCCUCCAGCCCUGCAGCUGGGCACCGGCUUCCAGCACUGGGCCGGACUGCCGUGCCCCUGCACCAUCUGCCAGGUGCCUCCUCCUCCACACAUCCCCAUCACCUCCUCCAGCCUCACGAGACUCUCAGUGGAGGGCAAGGACAUGAUUAAAUGAUGUCUGCCAGACACGCAAAGACUGAGAUAUGUCAUGGUGUUUGUACAUAUAGAAUUCAGGGCAUGAGGGUGGAUUUGGCCUCACUGGUGCAUGUUGUUGUUUUGUCUGUUUUCUUGUUUGGCGUUAGAGAAAAAGUGUUAUUUUCCUCCUUGUAACAAGGACUUAUAAAGACUGAUGAUUUUUGCCAAUUGAAGGUAAAAUUAAAAAGUUGUGUGUCAUGCAACAAGAUGCCACGACCCUCUUGUGUCUGACUGAGUUUCAGUCUGACGCUAACAUGUAAAAGGUGAAGGAGGCUGCAUGAACAUUUAAUUCAUUUUACAUUAUUUUUUUGUAUUAGGCGUCAUUUUGUGAAAACGAAGAAUGCUCUCUGUGCCUUGUACCAAGGAUUUUAAACUUGAGUUGUAAAUGAAAAUAAUGACAUUUAUGUAUUUGGCUAUUUCUUUUGGCUAUACUUGUUUUAAAAUUCCUUACAUUAAUUUUUAUUUUGUCCAUUUGUGCUCUGAUCUCUGAUUUUUUCUUUUCGUAUUUUUCUGUGCAUGAUGGUAUAAUUAUCACAGCAUGAUUGUUUUUGCUGAACUUAAUUUGUUAUGCCAAGAGACCCUGUGUCUUUAUUUUUGUACAUUGUUGAUGAAAUAUUUAUUAUCACCCAGCAUCUCUGGAUGAAAUUUCAAUAAAACUGAAAUUAUGGAUCAUA